AUCCAACAGACAAGCUAUCUCGAUUCUGAUGAGUUUCAGUCGCGACUGUGCCUGGUUAAUGAUUGAGCCUGAGGUCAGCUGACUGUCUGAGGGCCAUAUAAUGUGGCAGGGCUGCUGCGUCAGUCUGCGGCAGCGAGACCACCGACGGUGAUAAAGAUGCGUGGUAUUUUUGGUAGUUGUGCGAUUGCGGCCUUCGUGCUGGGGUUAGCUUGGGCAUCCCCUCUUCACGUCCAUGAAACGGAGACAACCAGCCACAAACUGGCCGCUCCCAAUGCUGACUUCGUUUUCGCCCUCUACAAGAAUCUGAAGGCUCAGACCGCUGCUGGGGAGAAUAUCUUCUUCUCUCCAGUGGGCAUAACCACCGCCCUGGCCAUGCUGUCAGUGGGGGCCCGGGGUGAGACCCACAGCCAGCUCUUCGAUGCCCUCCGCUACACCGCCAACAACCUGACGCAGGCCCAGGUCAACCAAGCGUAUGAGCACCUUGUCCACAUGCUUGCCCACCACCAGGAUGGGCAGAUAGAUGUUGGCAACGCUUUGGCCCUCCGCACUGGCUUUAAGCCUGACAAGCAGUUUAUGGAUUAUAUUAAACGUUUCUACAAUGGUGAAACCUUUGACGUUAACUUUGCCAACCCAGCAGAGGCAGUGAAGGACAUCAACAACUUCAUUGCCAGCAAGACCCAGAACAAGAUAACGGAACAAGUGAAGGACCUGGACCCUGAAACUGUUAUGGUGCUAAUCAACUAUGUCUUCUUCAAAGGACAGUGGGAAAAGCCAUUUGACCCCACCCUGACAAAAAAGGAUGAAUUCCACGUGGAUGAGACCACAAAGGUUGAGGUGGACAUGAUGUGGCGGACAGGGCGCUAUGACUUCUACCAGGACAACAACGCCACUGUUGUUCUGCUGCCUUACAAGACCAACACCUCCAUGAUGAUUGUCCUGCCCGAUGAGGGGAAGAUGGAGGAGGUGGAGGGGUACGUCAACAAGGACUACAUCAGGAACUGGCAUGACUCGCUGUACAGGAGCUCAGUGGAUCUGUUCCUGCCCAAAAUGUCCAUCUCAGCUGAUGCCUCCCUGGGUGAAAUGCUGAAACGGAUGGGUGUCGCCAAUGCUUUUGAGGAUACUGCCGAUUUCUCCGGCAUCACCAAGGACAUCGGGCUCAAAGUCUCUAAGGUGUCCCACAAGGCUGUGUUGAGCGUAGAUGAGAAAGGAACCGAGGCAGCGUCUUCCACCGUCAUCGAUAUCAUGCCCAUGAGUAUGCCCAACACAGUGAAACUUAACAGGCCCUUCCUGGUCUUCAUCUUGCAGCAUAACACCAAGAGCAUCCUAUUCAUGGGCAAGAUAAGCAAUCCAACUGCCAACUAAGGGGGGGAAAAAAAGAUGGAACUGAGUUAGUUUCCCCAUGACAACCAGGUCCAUGUCAUUCUCCCUUACCCUUCACAAACUCAAAAUGCAUGCACAAAUGUUUGACGGGUUGUGUACGUGUAUGGGUGCCAGUGUUUCUUGUACUUGCUUGAUUUCGACUUGUUUAUGGCAAUUACUAACCUCAAAAUAACCCGUAUUUACAGUGUCUGUCCUUCAGUGACCUCCUUUUCACAGACUUGCAAAUAAAUGCCCUGAUGCAGCACAGAAUGUGCUGAUUCAAUUGCAUUUUGUUUUGUUUGGGAACCAGAAGUGGGUGGGUGGGCUUUGUACCUUCAGUUAAUAUUGUAUUCUUCAAAGUAUGAAUGCAUUUCACUUUCUGUAAAAAAUAAAAUGAAUAUAUGAAAA